UCUAACUUUGGAACCCCUGGCCCCUGGUCAUCUCGUCACUAGGAGCAAGACGUCAUUUAUGACGAUUGACGUAUGUCAGCAUUGACAGUUGUGACGUCACUAGCAAUUAGCAUUAUCAUCCAAAUCUUUAUCUGUUUCCGACCCCUACAUACACCUAAAAAAUCGUUUGCGUAAUAAUUUACAUUAAAAGUAUCUCAAUUUGAUAGAAAAUUAAAAGAAUAUAAUACAACAUGUAUCUAGUGUCGAAUUUGGUGAAAGUUACUAUUCCUAACUACUUAGCAGGACUGCCGAUUCCUGACUCGGUUGGUGGAUGGUUUCGUCUCGGAGUGAAAGAUUGGCUAGCCCUGGUCCCUCCAACGCUCGUAAUCGGUGGCAUCUCCUACUACUCGUACCAGACCAUCAAGAAAGCGCAGGCCAGCGGCAAUGGGCAUGUGAACCACUGCGUGAGGAAGGACAUUGACAAGGUUGUGGACUUCAUUGAUAUUGAGGAUAUCACGGAUAAGGCUGUGCUGUGCCGAUGCUGGAAGACUAAAAAUUGGCCAUACUGCGACGGUUCGCACGCCCCCCACAACAAGGAGACCGGCGACAACGUCGGUCCUGCCAUCGUCCGACACAAAGCGUCCAAGUAAACUGCACGCGGACAUAUAUCUGGGAUCAGUGCCGUCGAAACAGCCGGUUAGGUACUUAUCCUAUCUAUGGACUUAUAGUCUAGCCGCCCAGACAUCAAAACUUGCCUAGACAAGUGCAAUUUUAUUUGUCAGAAUAGAUUAUCGAGAGACCUUUUUAUAGGUCUCUGGGCGGUUAAAGGAUAAAGUCCGUUGCGCAAACAUCACAAACUGUCGUUAGUGUAAUUGCAGAUGCAAUUUAUAGGUUAGGGUAAUAAUGCUUCCUUCAGUAUCAAUAGUAGCGAACGAGAUUACGCACCAAAAAUUAGACUGCUCUUAUUCUUUGAAACAAUUAGAAGGUGGAAGAUAUAUUGUCACAUUGUUGCAUCCUUGGUCGAUAACUCGGUCGAAAUAAAGCGUGCGGGGAAUCCCCGCAAGUGGUAUAACGAGUAGUCAAACUCAUAAUUCGAUAGUUCGGUUGAUAUACAGCAUGCGGGUGACUCCCCGCAAGCGGUAAGGUGGUACAGGUCUGUUAACUAAAGCUGGCGCGUUCACAGUACUCACACUUAUGCAAUUUCACUAUACAGCAUGUUUAAAAAUAAUUUUAUUCUAACCUCCAAAUACAACACAGCGCCGCGCGUCGAUCACACGUGACUGACUGACACUAACAUUUACAAUAACAUCAUGCUGUAUUUAUAAACAGUAGCAAAAGAAAAACAAUAACUGUCUCCUUCACGCUCAUAAGAUAGACCGCGCGCGAGAGAGACGGGCAGACUUUUCAUGUUGCGUAUGCAGUGCGACAUCACGCCGCGCGCUUAUUCACAGACACUACACAAGCGCAAUGUGUAAAUGUGUUGAUCGCGCCAGCUUUAGUUAACAGACCUGUAUAACGACUAGUGAAUCUCAUAAUGGCAUGCUUUAUGGAAAUCUCACUAAUGAAACUGAGCCACUACUAUUAGUGCUGAGUAGUGAUGACUGUCCAUUCAAAAAAAUACUUUUGAUUACGAAGUUUAUAAGCAUUUUUAAGUGUUAUUAAGCGCGUUAUCUAUAAGAGCAGCGAAAUCUUUUACCUUGUAAUCCUAUCCUUUAUAAAGUAUAUGUGUCAAAAUUGAUUAGUUAGAUACUCUCAUACGCUGUUGAUAUUAUCUUAAUACACGCUAAGUAUUAUGGUAUCACCCGACUUCUUGCAAGAUAUACGUAAGUGUUCACUUUAGAUUUCAGAAAGAUAUACAACAAGCCUAGUCACGAUAUAACAUACCUACAGUCAAUGUCUCCUAAAUUUAUAUUUUCUUCAGUUUCCUUCUAAAGCACAUAUGAUCCAGAUAUAUGUCUAUGUCAUUUUAUAAAGGAGAGGUUGGAUUAUUUAGUUAAGUAUAAUACAUGAGCAUCUAAUGGUAGCUUGGAAAUUGUACAAACAUUUAGGUUAUUAUCCGAUCGCUUAGUUAGAUGAUAAGUAAAAAGUGUAUUUUUUCGAGCUUAAAUAUUACGACAAUAACUUCUCGAUUCUCGCAAAAAAUUAUCCAUACAUACAAAAAAUUGUUUCUUUGUGAUUCCUAGUAAUAAUGUUACCAUUUUGUAAUGAGAGGUGUUUUGAAAUAUUAUAGUUUGUAUCGACGCUUUGAUCUGACUAUUAAACUGGUAAACCGCAAGCUUAUUGACACAUUAAUUUUGCAUUUUAAAAUAUAUUUUUUACCUUUUUUACUCUUUUUUUUGAAACUGUUCACUUUGAAAUAAAGUACGGAUUGUUAUUGCUCUUAA